UGGCAAUAUUGGUAAAGCGUCUCUCACACAGGAAAAUAUUAAUAUGCUCAUACUCUUUAUAGUAAAUUAUUAAAUUGUUUAAAGUAGUAAAUAAAACUGCGUUUUUUAAUUCUGAUUAGGAUUUUCCAUCGAUAAUAUUUAAACGUAUUUUUUGUAUUUAAUCGGUAUUCGGUAUUAAACAUACCAUAGUUGAGUGUAAAGGAAUAUUGAAAACACUAAACAACAAAAAAAAUGUCCGAUAUACGAAAACGACGGUCCAGUUUUUUUCCAAAACCUGUUGAAGAGAAUCAUGAAAAACAAUUGGAGCUGUUUAAAAACAUGAAUUGGGUAAAUGAAGAAAAAGAAAACAUAGUUUCUAAUUCAAUGAUACUUGGCGGUCGAGGAAAACAAACAUUACAAGAAUAUACUGAACAAUUGAGAAGCCGUAAACAAGAAUAUCCAAAAUUGGUAUCUAUUAAACAAGAAGAACAAAUUCAUUUAAAAGAGAAAUUACGUAAAAGCAAAGUUGAAAUAAAUUGGGAAACUGCUUGUGAUGGAUUAACAGACUUUGAACGAGAUUUUACUUUUAAUAGACCUAAUUAUAAGUGUUUAGUCGAAAAAAUCCAUUUACUCACAUUACAUACGUCCUUAGUUAAAAGAUCCAAUUAUGAACUAAAUUUUAUUUUAAAUGCAUUUAAUAGGCGGGCUAAUGAAGAAAUAAAUAAAUUACAAGAAUUGUUUAUUGAUAAAAUUGUAGAAGACAGUGGUGUUGGUACUUCAUACUACAGUAGUGAUACAAAUUCAUCAACUACGGAUUCGUCUGAAGACGAAAGUUUAAAAUCUAAUUGAAUUUUGCAAUAUUAUUAAUAAUACAAAUUAUACAAAAAAAAAUUUAUUUCAUAUAAAAUUAUAAGGUGUAUUACCUACAUUUCAAUACAUAUUAGAUUUUUGAGUUAAUAAAUGAAUAAAUCCUAAUACAAAACAA